CCGCGGGGUCUCAGCUCAGCUCCCGCCAGCUUCCGCCGAGAGCUCCCCGUAGAGGCCGGGUUUCCUUCCAGCAGCCGCUGCUAGGCCUCGGGUGAGCCGGCAGUCCUCGGCAGGGCACGAGUCCGGGAAGCUUUCGGACUCUCUCGGGGACGCCCCCGCGGCACGCUCCGCCCCGGAAACACGCCCCCAGCCGCCUAGGCGCGCUUUUAAAACAGGCUCUGUUCUAUUUCUUGUUUGUUUCGCCGGGUCGCGGCCGCCCGGGGAGCUUCAUUCUCCUGUCUUAAACCUGCAGCCCCUCGCGCACCGCGGGACCCCCUCUGAACCCGCGCAGCGAUGAGGAGGACCCGCGACGAGGUGGACGCGACCCUGCAGAUCGCCAAGCUGAACGCGGCCGAGCUGCUGCCCACCGUGCACUGCCUGGGCUUCGGCCCCGGGGCCAGCGCAGCCGCCGGCGACUUCUGCCUGCUCGAGUUGGAGCCCGCGCUGUGCCAGCAGCUUGAGGCAGGACACAGUCUUGUGAUUCGUGGUGAUAAGGAUGAGAAUGCCGUUCUGUGCAGUAAAGACAAAACAUAUGACAUGAAAAUAGCAGACACUUCCAAUAUGUUGCUUUUUAUUCCUGGUUGUAAAACUCCAGACCAGAUGAAGAUGGAAGAGACACACUGUAACAUUAUUCACACUGAGAUCUUUGGUUUUUCUAAUAAUUACUGGGAAUUAAGAAGAUGUAGACCUAAAUUAAAGAAGCUAAAGAAACUUUUGAUGGAAAAUACCUAUGAAGGACCUGACAGUCAAAAAGAAAAGGAUUCAAAUCACUCAAAAUAUACAACUGAAGAUUUGCUUGAUCAAAUUCAGGCAAGUGAGGAAGAAAUAAUGGCCCAGUUACAAGUUCUAAAUGCCUGUGAGAUUGGAGGUUAUUGGAGGAUUCUUGAAUUUGAUUAUGAGAUGAAACUUCUGAAUCACAUAACUCAGCUUGUGGAUUCUGAAUCUUGGUCUUUUAGUAAAGUUCCCUUGAAUACAUGCCUUCAGGAACUUGGACCAUUAGAGACAGAGGAAAUGAUCGGACACUGUCUUAAAUGUUAUGGAAAGAAAUAUACAGAGGAAGGUGAAGUUUAUUUUGAAUUGAGUGCAGAUAAAAUAUGCAGAGCUACAGCACAAAUGCUACUUCAGAAUGCAGUGAAAUUCAAUCUCGCCGAGUUUCAAGAAGUGUGGCAACAGAGUGUUCCUGAAGGAGUGAUGACUAGGCUUGAUCAGCUUAAGGGUUUAGCCUUGGUGGAUAGACACUCAAGACCAGAGAUCAUAUUUUUGCUGAAAGUAGAUGAUUUACCUGAGGAUAAUCAGGAACGUUUUAAUAGUCUAUUCUCUCUGAGGGAGAAGUGGACAGAAGAAGAUAUUGCUCCAUAUAUUGAAGAUUUGUGUGGAGAGAAGCAAACCAUUGGUGCAUUACUCACUAAAUAUUCUCGAUCUUCGAUUCAAAAUGGUGUUAAAGUUUAUAACUCAAGAAGACCCAUUUCUUAAAAAGAACAACAGUCUUGUUUUUGUGACUAAAGUUGCUUUGUAAGGUUGCUGGUUAUAAGAAAACUUUUUAUGUAUUUGUAUACCAGACUUUUAAAAACCUAAUUCUUUGAGGCAUUUUUCUCUUCCUCUUAAGCAUUUUAA